ACUUAUGGAAUAGAAUUAUCUCACACGUGAAGACAAGCUAUGAUAAAUAAAGAAAAAAACUAUAUAAAGUAUGCAAUUACGUGAGGUGCAAUAAAUAAGCAUAAACUAUACUACCAAAGGAAAACAUAGCAAUGGCCUUUGAAUUCAAGCACCUUCACUUUGUCUUAGUUCCACUAUUUGCUCAAGGCCACAUGAUCCCAAUGAUAGACAUGGCAAAAAUGUUAGCAGAGCAAAGUGUGAUGGUUACUUUAGUCACAACUCCUCAAAACACUUCAAGAUUUCACAACACAUUUUGUAGAGCAACAAAAUCAGGACUUUCAAUUAACCUUCUUCAAAUCCCAUUUCCAUCUCAACAAUUUCAUCUUCCAUUAGGCUGUGAGAAUCUUGAUACUUUACCAUCAAGAAACCAUCUAAGAAACUUCUACAAUGCACUUGACAUGCUUCAAGAUCCCUUAGAAAACUACAUAAAAAACCAUCCUUUUCCACCAAGUUGUAUUAUAUCAGACAAAUGCAUCUCUUGGACAACCUUAAUAGCACAAAAGUUCAAUAUUCCAAGACUUGUUUUCCAUGGGAUGUCUUGUUUCUCAUUACUUAGUUCCUAUAAUAUCAAACUACACGGUGCUCAUCGUGCUGUUAACUCUGACACAGACCCUUUUGUCAUUCCUGGAGUAAUGCCUCAAAGAAUUGAGAUAACAAGAGCACAACUUCCAGGAACAUUUGUUUCUCUUCCUGAUCUUGAUGACUAUAGAGACAAAAUGAAUGAAGCUGAAAUGUGUUCUCAUGGUAUUGUUGUAAAUAGCUUUGAGGAAUUGGAACAAGGGUGUGCUAUGGAGUAUGAGAAAGUGAUGAACAAGAGAGUUUGGUGCAUAGGUCCAUUAUGUUUAAGCAAUAAAGAGAGUUUGGAUAAGUUUGAGAGAGGAAACAAAUCUUCUAUUGAAGAGAAACAAUGUUUGGAAUGGCUUAACUUUAGGGAAACAAGGUCAGUUAUUUAUGUUUGCCUUGGUAGUUUAUGUAGGCUUGUUUCAUCACAAUUAAUUGAAAUUGGGUUGGGAUUAGAAGCAUCAAAUAGACCAUUUAUUUGGGUAGUUAAAACUAAUGGUGAAAAUUAUUUAGAGCUUGAAAAGUGGUUACAAGAUGAAAAUUUUGAGGGGAGGAUUAAAGGGAGAGGACUUUUGAUUAAAGGGUGGGCCCCACAAAUUUUAAUACUUUCUCAUCCUUCAAUUGGAGGAUUCUUGACACAUUGUGGAUGGAAUUCAACAAUUGAAAGUGUGUGCUUUGGAGUGCCAAUGAUAACUUGGCCUUUAUUUGCUGAACAAUUCUUAAAUGAAAAAUUAAUUGUGGAAGUUUUAAAGAUUGGAGUUAGAAUUGGUGUUGAGGUUCCAAUAAGGUUUGGUGAUGAAAAGAAAGUUGGGGUGUUGGUGAAGAAAAGUAGAGUUGUGGAAGCUAUAGAGAUGUGUAUGGAAGGAGGUGAAGAGGGAGAGAUGAGGAGGAAUAGAGUUAAAGAACAUGGAAAAAUGGCUACAAAGGCUUUAGAGGUGGAUCAAGGUUCUUCUCACUUCAACAUUUCAUGCUUAAUUCAAGAUAUUAUGGACUACCAAUCUACUAACAAUUAGAGUUAUCAAUGAUCAACUUUGCUGUUUUUAUUUAUUUAUUUCUUAAUGAGAAGAAUUUAGGACUUUGUUGGGGAAGUAAAUAAAUUUUGCUAUAGGAUGUGAAUCUCUUUUUCUGUACUACAUUUCCAUACAAUUGCUAUUGAUACCAAGAAAAAUUAAUUAAUCAAGUCAGGCGAAGAAACGGCCCAAAUCUCAUUCAAAAGGUA